CCAGAGCAAAAUCAACUGGCUUCCAGGACCAGAAAAAGAUAAGCUCAAAGACCAGGCGGGCCCACAUGCGGGACCACUGGGAGGCGUCGUGAUUGGCUGUGUGGUGCGGCGAUAGAGUCCCCCCCCGCACCGUCCAGAGUCAAUAUUCUCCAUGAUGCGCCCCUAAUACAGCAUGCCAUGAUAAUAACCAGCCCAGGCCCCAUGGUGGAAGGAGUUGUUUGACAACCCCCACAUCGUCUUAUUACCGUCGUUUUCUAGCUCGCUGUGAGAAACUUAGAUUGUCCCUAUUAUCAGACGCUGGCGCUAUCUUCUUUUCCGAACAAGGAAGGCUAUCUGUCGAAUUCAUGAAUUGAUCAAGUGCGUCCGCGUCGCCAGCGAGAGAGAGAGAGGAGAUGGGAGAGAUGCCCGGCGCCAAGCGGAAGGGCAAACCGCGCGGCAUCCGCAGAGAUCGCGAUUGCCAGAGCUGCAAAGACCGCGGCAUCAAGUGCGAUUUGAAUCGGCCGCGAUGCCAGCCGUGCGUGCAGUCCGGGCUUCCCUGCGGUGGCUAUCCACAACGAGUCGUCUGGGCCGCCGAGACAGUCUCCAAGCAGAGGCGCACUUCAGAAUCCCAUCAAACGCCCAGAUCAACGUCAUCGAGAGAUUCACCUUUGUUUUCUCGUUCAAAGUCAGUGAAUACAGUAUCGCCCGCCAGUCCGUCCAGUGCCGCGGCGACAGCGACCACCAGUGAAACACCAACACCUUGCUAUAAUCCGGCCACAAAUCAGUAUAGCUUUAUCAAACGCCUCACAGAAUUCUACGAACAAAUCAAAGACGCCGAGCACAAGUCCGGCGGCGCUUAUCUAUCGCCGGAAGCUGUUGAUCUCGUAUCGCGCAUAUGGAAUUUUGUGCGAGCGAGAAUGCAAGGCUACGUCACGGUUGGCUCCCCGGAAAAGUCGUCGAUGGACGCCGUCCGAUUUCACGUAGCGGCUUUGAUGGGACUGGCGGAAGCCGUUGAUAAGGCCCACCCUGUUGCGCUAUUUGGAAUAGCCACGUUCGCCUUCUUCGAAGUAUGCGAGGGCUCCUUUGGAGAGUGGCAGCGUCAUCUAAAGGGGGCACGGUCACUCCUAGAUAUCCACUGUCGCAGCAAGACUGAUCUCGACCGACUGUCACAAGAUAUCACCGGGUUGACCGACAUCGUCGCCCACCUGGUGUGGUUUGACACGAUGGGCGCUGUCAUCCGUGGUAGCCGAGGGUUAAUCUUCGACGAUUGGCAUCGCGAGACGCUGAGAGAUAGUUUCUUUGCCAGCGUCGGCUGUCCAUCCGAUGCCUUCCACCUCUUCGUUGCCUUGUCCAAAGAGAAUACCAACCUGAACCAGCUUGACCUUAGUUUUGAGGCAACUGACCAGCUCAUGCGCGCCGAGUCAGAGCACGCCGUAUCAGACACGGUGCUGACGGCUGGCGCAUGGCGAUGCACGGCGGCGAUUGCUAUUCUGAGCCGGAUAGGUGAUGGCAGCUCCUCAUCGCGACAACGCGCUCUAUCAUCGGCAGUUGAUCAGGCAUGCAGAGCAAUCGCCUCGAUCACGCCGGCUUCGGGCAUCUACAUCCACCUAGCAGCAACCGCGUAUCUGGCGGGGAUCAACGCGACACAUCCCCAGCAAUGCGAGGUUGUCCGCAACUACUGGCGCAACUGCCAGGCCUCGGACUUUCCGCAUUACCCAGAUGGACAGGCGCGGUGCGAGGAGAAAUGGCGGGCGGAGGGCCUGGCCUGAUAGAGGCGUUAGCACGCAGGGCGUACUAUAGCUGCUCGAAUUAUUGUAUCUGUGCUGUUUGUGACCUCUAUCUGGCAUGGCGUGUACGUACUGCAUAAGUAAUGAUAUUAACCUUUUGUUGCUGUUGUCAUUAUUAUUGUUCCUGCGUGCUCUGUCAUUUGCUGGCGGCGGCAUGCGCGGGGGAGCAGAGCAAGUGGGGGGAGUAAAUAUGCAAUAGUAAAUAGUAUCCACGAAUCAGGAGCCAAAUAACAUUUAUACGUAACUGAGGCAGGAGCAGGCCCAGCACCGGCAAGCUCUUUCCUCAGUUGCUCCUUCCAGCUGGGAAAGGCACUGCCGAUCUGGAUAUCUGGAUCGGUUGCCUCUUUGGGAAGGCUACCUACCCUUGCUCGCUGCUUCCCGAAACCUUCAAGCACCCACUCUCGAAACUAUUGGCAUGCGGCCA